CUCCAAACGAAAGGGGCCAGCUCAGUGCAGUCAACCCCGCUAUCUCAUCUAGUAAUUACUGAAGUUAAAGUGAUCAAGAUCCAAACCAUUGUCAUUGUCUAGCAUUUGUCAAGCUUCUAGGCCCUCCAUUCCUAGUAAUUGACCCUAUACGACCGCACUUCCUAACAUGGGUUCCUCAUUUCCCAUGGAGACAUUGGCUGGGUACACGUCACGAACAGUGCCCUUCAAAGUCACCUCAGAUAUAACCAUCAACGCGGACGUCGUGUACCCCGAGACGUCGGAUGGCUCUCCCGCUGUUGUGCUGCUGCAUUAUCACGGCGGCUUUCUUAUCGUCGGAGAUCGAUAUUCGUUCUUGCCUCACUGGCUUGUGCAUGCCUCCGCCUCUCGUGGAUGGGUCUUUGUGACUCCCGAGUACCGCUUGAUGCCCGAGUCAACCGCACACGACUCCGUUGAAGAUGCAGCGGACGCCUAUAAAUGGGCCUGGUCUUCACUGCCGGAGAUUAUAGGCCGCCCGGUCGGCUCACUGUUAGUCGCUGGUUCAAGCGCUGGAGGGUAUUUGGCUCUCAACACGGCUGUCUCGGCUGCUAGAAAGCCCGACGCACUACUACUGAUCUACGGGAUGCUCGAUCCUUCCGGGACUCGAUACAUGACUCCCGGAAAGAACAUAUUCGGCCGGCCGCUAGUCGAGACCGGACCAAUUCUGGAGAAGUGGCCCAUGGCCAAGGCUUCGGGCGGCGAGAGGAAGCCUAUCUCAGCUUAUCCGAUAUCAGGCGACCCGUCUGCUGACCCUAGAUUUGCUCUCACUUCGGCACUGCACAUCGACGCCCUAUUCCCCGACUACAUGACCGGUGUCUCCGGCCUUACGCGACAGAUUGCCACUCAAGGAGUUGCAGCCAUACCCAAAGAACACCAACAGCUGUUUCCACUUGACUUUGGCGACCUGGGUGAUUUGCCGCCUGUCAUGCUGCUUCAUGGUGCGAACGACUCAGCUGUACCGAUUGAGUGUAGUACCAGAGCCGCAGAGAAGCUCGAGGCAUCUGGAGUGCGUGUCUUAGCAGAGUUCCCAUCUGAUGCGGAGCACGGUUUCGAUGGAAGGUCCGGCAACGUUAACGUCGAGACUUCAGCCGGGGAUGCGGUGAUUGCCGUAGAGUCUCUGAGAAAGGCGAUUGGUUUCCUUGAACAGAAUGCGGCCAAAUAGAGUCAAGGGAUAGCUAAGCAAACAAUAAACGUUUCACGAUGAGCCACGCCAAACUCGAUCUAUAUAUCAGAGUCAGUGAUGAGAUUUGAGAGGUGGAUAGAGCUUAUAUCUUCGAUUCAGAUUAUCAAGGUGUUUGAGAGCUAGAUAUAUAUAUGGUUGAGUGCACUUUGAUAACGAGUUGAUGUAGGGGUAUCCCAAAUGGGGCAGUCUUCAUGGUUGAAAUAGGUACCUAGGGUAAGUUAGUGAGCACUCGUCUGGAGGAAUAAAAGAAC